AAUUUUACCAAAAAAUGAAUCUUAUUUCAUCAACCUUACUUUUCACUAUUUCCUUAUUUUUCAGUGAAAUAGCAGCAAAUUCCGUACGAAUUAUUGGAGGAUCCAGCGUUAAGCCAAAUGAAAUUCCAUUUGUAGUUAGUGUCCAAUCUGGCGGAGUUCAUGUUUGUGGAGGUUCAAUUCUAAAUGAAAAUUAUGUUUUAACUGCGGCUCGAUGUGUUGAAGAAUCCGAAGACUUGACUGUUGUCGCUGGAGAACACAAUUUGGAAGACGAUGACGGAAAUGAACAAAAACGAGAAGUUGCAGAAGUUAAAGUUCACGAAUAUUAUUAUCGCAAUAAAGAUAAAGACUUUGGAGCUCAUGACUUGGCAUUGCUUAAAGUUGCUGAGCCAUUUGAGUUGAAUGAUCGUGUCUCGAAGAUUAAUUUGCCAGAGAAGAAAGAUACAUAUCCAGCAGGAACUGCAUUGACAGCUGGAUGGGGAAAAGUAGGAGGGAUUUUAGGAAUUCCAAGAGAAACGGAUGUGCUUCAUAAAGUAGAAAUGGAUAUUCAAACCCAACGAAAAUGUCUUGAAGAUUGGGACGAUGAAAUUUCUACCAAUAGAUAUAUUUGUGCUGGAUCUGCAUCGAAAAGACUUUGUGAAGGAGAUGUCGGAGGACCAUUGGCACAAGGAAAUAAAGACGAAGCUACUUUAGUUGGAGUUGCGACUUAUGGUCCUUGUGGCUCACUUGGCUUUAAAAAUAAUCUUUUUGUGCAAGUUUCGAAAUAUCUCGACUGGAUUAAUGAGAAGCUCGAAGAGUAAAAACUAAAAAUUUAUAGAGAAAGAAAUAAAUUAAAAUCUUAUUAGGCUUCGAUUCGCUAAUAACUGAUGAAAAUUUAAGUUUAGAUUUAAAUGAGAUUUUCCUCACAAAAUAAAAAAUAAACAAUUUAAUUAAAGUCAAA